AACUCUGAGUGACCAUCUAAAAAUCGUGAGCUAAACACUUUGAGAGUGUGAGGAUUUUUAUUUGCUAACUUUGUUAAGUGUUUCAGGAUGUUUGGACUUCUCAAGAAAUCAAAACCACUACAAGAUGAUGUCUACUUUCCUUUUAAAACUAUUGUUGAAAAGAAGCAAUUGAUUUUUGACAAGAGACAGUUUGCUUCUAAUGAAUUUGAUUUUGUGCAGAAACAAAGGAAGAGAGAAAACAGGUCCAAUGAUGAGAAGUGGGUCAGAAGUGGUGAUCGUCUCUUCACCAAAACCAAGAGAAGCAACUGUGUAGUGCUUGAUCAAAACGAGCUUCAAACUUAUGCUAGUUUGGAGAAGAUGUUGCAUAAGGCAAUUCAUGCUAUCCGACAGCUCAAAAGGAAGGGAAACACCAACACUUCUUCGGCACCAAAACAACAAUGUAAGUCUUCUUAUCUUUCAAAUUCUGAUUUGAAAACUAAUGAGAUUUCUUUUGAUAAAAGCAAAGCUGUGAAACCCACAAGCAAAGCUCAUUCCACCAGGUGCUUCAAAUGCCAUAGGAUCGGUCAUUAUGCUAACAAGUGUCAAAAGCAAAAACCGUUGGUGACUUUGGAGAAUGAGAACCUUGAAACCGAGCCAGAAAAGGAAGAGCCUUUGCCAAUUCAAAUACCGGACCAAACCCAAGAUUUGAGGACAAAUCUUUUUGAAGAGGAAGGGAAUGAUGUGCCCUGGUUCGUGGAUCAGUCCAUUGGAGCCAACCAGCAUGGAGAUCUGGACGUUCUGAACAAUUUGACCGAGGUUCGUUCAUUCGACCGUACUGAUCAGACUGACCGAGCCGUCCCGCGUGCGUCCCGAUUGGAGCUUCGGCUGGAACCACGUCCAGACGACCUAACCGACCGAACCACAGCCCGCCUUCCCCGACCAACUCGACAUUCUAAAACCCACGGUCGAGCCAGAAUUAGCUUGGAUCGUGAAGAAACCAAAGACGGACAUGCAUUCUUAUCUGGCGGACCAUCCGGACAGUCCCGUAAGCGUCCUUAUCUUUACCCCGUGCAUCCAUCUGGUUCGGAUGAACCUGGACAGUAGCCGAAGGGUUUCCUUGACCAGAACGUGAACCGAAUGGUCAUCUUUGACUAAUCUACAUGGAAGACUGAGUCUUUGACUCAUUAAUAAUAUUCUAGUCAAUGUUUCUAUUUUCUAUGCCUUGUUUUCCCACAAUUCUCUUUAAUUCUCUUUGACUACAAGUAGUAUAAAUAUGUAGUCCCUUUGAUGAA